CGAAGCUGGUGGAAAAAGGAUUGCAUCUGUCUCAGACACAGAGAGCAAACCUGGAAGCCAUCCUCUGAAGAGAAAAUAGAGCUAGCGUGCAUGGGAUUGGAGCUCAAUGAAGUUAUUUUUUGGAGUCGAUGGUGAUGUCGAGCAUAUUCACCUGUUCUGGAUGAAUGUGGGGGCAUGCCCUUCUUUGUCUGGCUGAAAAUUCCCAUAAGAUGGUAGAAAUCCAAGAUCCUGAAAGUGGCAUGACUGUGGAGGACAUACUCAACCAGACCAAACUCUUUCUGCGCCCACUUCAGAAAGACAUAGCUAACGGAGGGGAAAGGAGCGGUAUAAUACUGUGCAUUGCCUAGGGUAUUGUUGGUACAACAGGAGUGAGACUAGUUUGGUGGCCGACAGUGAUGUCAAAAAUAUGCCUAGUCUGUUUUUAAACGAAAGGAGAGGGAAACCAGACUGGAGAAGACUGUUGAUCCUCCUCCCAAACGGAAAUGUUUGGAUGUAACUACAACCAGCUACUAGCCCUUGCUCAAGUUCUGUUGCCCCUUCUCCUGAGACCCUCAGCCCGAACCUCCAAAAAAGAUAAUGUGAAAGUUCAACAUAUAGAGUGGACAUCAGACCCAGCGAGCAGUACAGCUAUGGACCCAUCUCAAGAAUUGCCUACUAGAGAACAAUCUCGCAGAUUUCCUCAGACACAAAGAAAGAGAAGAUAGUUUGCGGGCAACCAGAGUGAGGAAAAAUGAUACAGUGCAAUACAUGCAGUGAAUGGUUUUUCACAAUUUGUGUAUUACAACAAAUAGCCUUGUGUAGAAAAAAUUUAGAUCCGUAUGGUUUUCACAAAAAUAACCACACGAGCAGCAUUUACGGCGCAGAAAUAAGGGGGCGGGGUAUAUAGAUCGACGAUCAAUUGCUGGUUGAUAGCAGCGAGCCAGUGUCUACUAGCUAUAGCAGAGAGGGCUUAUUGGCGAACAGGAGUGAGCCAACCUAGUCGUUCUUUCGAGCGGACGACCGCGUACGUCGUGUAAGUGCGCAUGCGCGGCUUCGUUACGCGCUUCCGCUGCCUCGCGAUAUGCGCCGAUCCAUCUAGCCGGCCAGCGAGAGAACUCUCCUCCAGUCGACGGC